AUGCAGCCUGCGUUCCACUCGUCCGUCGGCGCUCCACUUCCUGGUUUCGUCAUAUCCGGUCACGUGCGGAUCCGACGUGGUUGGAACGCACCAUACGCAACAGGUGUUUUGAAACCAGGAAGUGGAACGCAGGCUGCAUUUCACCAAAGAAAAAGACUGCGAAUUUGAAAUGCAUACAGCAUAUAAAGAACUACAUGGCCAUAUGAACAUCAGCAAAGCCAAAUGAAGAAGCCAUGCUUGGCGAAACACGUUUUGGCAAUAUUUUGGACCCUUAAAUUACAUUUAUUUUACCUGUAUAUUUUAUAUAAUACAUUUUUGUUUUACACCCAUUUGGAUUUCCUGCUAUUUACUGCUGGGAGGAGACUACUACACUCCGGGUAUCCAGACCAGGUAUCCAGACCACCCACAGAGGGAUUUGGAUCACCCUAAAAAGAUCCCAAGGUCAUCCACACCAGAGCCAGGUUAAAUAUAUGGCUCUACCCUUGUGAGUGCAUCCUUAUAUAUGUAGUAUUUCCAUUUAUGGUUUUUAGUUAUCUGCACUACUGUAUACCUCUCUGUCUUUGCAGCAUUGCUGGACUGAUUGAAAAGAGAGGAAAGUAUACAACUUGCUCCACCUAUUGUGUUUGUAUUGUACGUAUUUGGUAACCCUACCUAUAGCCCUACCCUAAUACUAACCCCAACUCCAACCCUAGCAUAAUACCCAACUUUUAAUCUUAGUAAAAAUAAUCCCAAAACUAAGCCUAACUCUAAUCCUGACGCAGUAGUCCUAACCCUAAUAUUAACACUAAACCUAAAUCCAACCUUAGCACUCUACUCCUGUCAGGAUUAAGUAUUGAUCCAGCAUGUAGAACUGUAUCACACCUAGGACUAACAGGUAACGCCUUACCAGGCCUUAGAAUGGCCAGACUUAACGUACCAGAGCAUAGUCAGAAUACUUGCCGAGGUCAGGGAUACAGAAUUAGGCACAACGAUUAGGGAAAGCCAGAAGUCAGGGAUACCAGAAUACAGGGAAAUCAAACGAAGCCAAAGUCAAUAACCAGAAGUAAACGCUCAGAAACACACCCUCGGACAACCUUAUGGAAACCACGACAGGGCAAUGAGGAAAAGGCAAAAGGCGUUUAAAUAAGCCUACUUCAGCUCUGAUUGGCCGUUCUUCCAGGUGUCCACAUGGAAGGGUCCUUGCAGCCGACUGCUCUCUCAGGUCCUCGGCAUGACCGUCGCUAGAAGCUGUGAAGACGUCCCUUUUUAUAUGACGUGACGCGUGCCUGUCAAAGUCAUGACUUCAAUGAUGCAGAUUCUUGCCAUUUUGAUCACCCUCAAACGUUUUGAGUGGGGUGGUGUUAAAGCAAUAGCCACACCCAUAUAAGUAGGGCAUCUUUUGCCUUGUACUGUGCCUUAUUGUGGUUCUAUUCAUUGUUCCCUAUAGUGGUCCCUUUGUCUAUAUACAUUCUCAGUUUUUUUUUGCUAUCUUCUGACUACUCUAUUUCUGUACAACUGUAAGCCCGACAAUCCUAAGGUUUGGUAAUACAUUCUUUUUUAGGUGUGGGGUUACACACUGCGUGUUGGGGUUUACAGUUCUUAAAGUUAUUUCUUUUUGGUAACCACUUUAUUACUCGUGUCUUUUUUUUAUUUUUGGUAAAUACAAACAAAACAGAUAGCAACAAACACAGCAAGUCAUCGAUUGUAAGAAACUAGAUUCAAAUGAAAAAGUUGUACAGAGAAAAUCACUAGGCAUGUAGUUCUUCAUGAGGUUAGCCAUUUUAUAGCAGUAAGCAGGAACAAUGAUGUCUGCAUAGUAUUCUUGUUUGUAAUAAAGGCAAUUAUUUUGUCUGAACUUACAGCCUAGACAGUGCUUAAAUAUUUACACUUUUAGCCAUGCAACAAGCGGAAUUUGCCCCACUUGACUCAAGAUAAACAAGGCUUUGUAAUGCAUGGAUAGAAGGUGAUAACAUUCUCAUUUAGCAUUUAAGCAAUAUAAGGCUGAGGAAUUAACAACCUGGGUUAUUUAGAUACUGCUCAGGUAACCUUUAUUGACAUGAAUAGCAGGAUAAAUGAGAGAUCUUAGAACCCUAUUGUUUGAUUUCUGUCUAUAUCCGUAGUAUGACAAUUAUAUGGAUCAGUCGUUUAAGAAAUGUUUUGCAGGAGUUACAUAAUACUUACAGUGUUUACAGUCAAUGGUGUCAAUGUACUUUUUUCUGGAGAUGUAUUUUAAUGCUAAAAUAUGAUUUACUAAUUUGUGUAUGUUUCGGCACUGCAAGAAAAAAAAACUGUUGGUAAAAAUAGAAAAUCCAAUGUCAUAUCCUAAACCAAUACCAUAGAUCAGUGCUCCUCAACCCUUUCCUCAAGGCACACCAAACAGUCCAGGAUUUAGGGAUUACUCGGGAGUGUCUAGGGUGUUUUUCCUUUUUUGGAGGGUUGAGGAGCAUUGCCAUAGAUGAUACAAUUGGUUUUCUGGUUAAAAAGUGUAAAAAUUGCAUUGCCACUCAAGCAAAUAAACUAUAAAAUAAUAUUGCUACAUUUGGAGAGCAGUGCAAUGUCUCCUACAACUGAUUCCUAGUUUUUCCUCUACCCCGACCAAAGUCAGAUAUAAUUCCUUGAUUAAUAAAAAAAUGAACAGCUGCUACAUUGUUUAAAUAAUAUAUUGUACUUUCUUUAUUUUGAAUAUAAUAAUAAAAAAUUUAAAAAACAGAAAUGUAAUGGUAGCAUAGCUCAUAAAACUUCAAAUAAUAAUAUAAUAAAAUAUUAAUGAUAAAUAUUGAUACCAUUUGAAAAGGCCAAAAAAAACAACUUAAAUUAAAAGAGUUGGCUAUAACGCAUAAUGAUAUGAAAAUAAACUGAUGUGUGACGUCCCCUCAACAGGGUUAUUACUAAAGUGAGAAUUAGAAGUGAAUUUCAAUUUGAAAUUUAAGGCUUAGUCAGCUACUUUGGCCUCAAAUUUGAAUUUAGUUUGAAUUCUCACUUUAGCAAUUAACCAUGUAAAUUGACAUUUGGACGUUUUCAAAUGAAUAUCACUUUAAAUAAGUAUGUGUUGUUGUACACUAUAUGACUUGUUUUGCUCAAUAUGGAGGCUGGGCUAAAAAUAUUCAGUUAGGUUUUCAUGGAGGAAAGAGACAGGUGAAUAAAAUAAAUAAGUCACACAGUAUAUGGUUAUAAAACAAACAAUGCUGGCAUUACCUAACAGGUGAAGAACAUUCUCAGCAGAUCCAGUUACAACACAUCAGGAAGCCAUUCUUAGAACACUGUGCACCUCAGGAAGCCAUUCCUAGAACACGGUGCUUUUGUCAAGUCUAAUCAUGUCAGUGUGUUAACACUCAGUGAAACAUUAAUAUUAUAUAUUGAUCAGUAUAAGUCAGUUGCUCAGAGUGAUGGCAGAGAUUAUAGAGAGACUUCAUGAGAUGUCAUUAUUAUCAAACCUCCACUAAAUAUGCACUAAACAUUAUUGAAACACACAAAGGGACACUGUAGACACUAUCACCACAUUGAAUAGGUUAUAGUGUCUGUAGUUCCCUGGCACUGUCCCUCCAUUCAAUGUUAAACCAUUUCCAAUCACUUUAACUCUGAAUGAAUGAAGUUCCCAAGCCACCCACAACCUGGCCACCAUUGCAGGUAUGGCUUCCUCAGCCAUCCCAUUUUAUACCAGCAAAGAACAGAUUCAAUAGGCUGAAACCCAUUGCUGCUCAGGCUAACGUGUUCUCCUUAGCCCAAGCCGCACAGAGGUUAUUGGUUGCUGGAGACUCUCGUUUUUGCAUUACACACUAAAAACACUUUGACGCUAAACAGAAGGGCGCCCCAGAGGAUUCCAGCAACUAUAACCACUUGACUUAUAUGAAGCAGUUACAGUUCCUACAGUGUCCCUUUAACUCACUAAACAUAUGUGGUGAACAGAAACCCAGAUUACAAAAUAUUGGCCAGACAUGAAGCAGUUUAGAGACUGGAUCCCUAUUCUUACUGAUUAGUGGAAGCCCUGUACAGUUUUCUAGACCUAUCAGGUGGAUUACAAACAGCUUACUGGGCCCCAACUACGUGCACCGACCGCUGGUACCCAACAGCCACUAGGGUGAAGGCCUAAGGAAUGGGGGGGCACAGUAUUACUGUGGGUGGGAAUAUAUGUGAGGUACUCCAUUAAGACUCUGUUUUAGUUUUAUUGUAUUCUAUUGGUGUGUGUCACAUGUUGUGUUCAAUUCUGCUGUGCAAUACAGAAUUCUUUGCCCAGCUGGGUGGAGGCACAGCCGUAAGUGGGUACCCCAUCUCCCAAUCUGCGGAGGCUGAGGAUCGGCCUACCAAGCGCAAAGAGGUAACUGAGGUGAGGGACCUCAUGGGUAUAUGGGGGUCCACCCAAAAAAAAAGUUACAAUUAAAAAAAAAUGUUUUACUUAAAUUAGAUUCAGAGCAUUGAUGUGUAGAAUAAUGGGGGGGGGGGAGCUAUUAAUGCUCCUGGGAUAUGUCUUUAGACAACGAGAAUUAUUACAACUGAUUCUAUCUUUUAAUGAUUUUGAUCAAAGUCAUCCAAAUAAAAACUGUGUGUACAGUAAUAAUACACUUCAUCCACCAUUAUUUAAUAUGCGUUGAUAAAAUAAAUCAUGUUAAGUAACAUAGUGUAAUAAAAGUAUUUUAGUUUAUACGACAGGAUAUUAUUAUAGUUCAUGGCAUGGUAACAAAUUAAAGGCUUAAUUGAAAGUUCUGUAAAAAUGCAAGGCGUUGUUUUACAGACAGAGGUCAAGCUGUAACAAAGUACAAAACUAAUAAGUGACUGGGUUUGAGAAAUAAACUCUUGCAGAACAGGUUUUCCAAUAAAACAUCAUAGAAAGAGUUAUUGGCACUUAGGCAUUACCAAUUUUAAUCACACUUUGGCAGUUCAAUGAGCAAUGGUCUCAUCCUUUUUAGUUGUAUCCUUGUCAUUCUCUAUAACAUAUUGGUGGCACCCAGGAUAUAAGUAAUUAACAUUCCAUCUGGUGUUUCAAUUUCUUUUACAUGUGUUUAGAACAGGGGUCCUCAAACUCUGGCCCUAUAGAUGUUGCUGAACUACAACUCGCAUGAUUCUCUGAGUAUCUAUGUAAUUCAAAGAAUCAUGGAAGUUGUAGUUCAGCAACAUCUGGAGGGCCACAGUUUGAGGACCCCUGGUUUAGAACAUAAAAUUUCCCAUCAUGCAACUGACUUCUACUUCCUGAUUGAGAACCCCUGGUUUAGACCAUAACAUUUCCCAUCAUGCAACUGACUUCUACUUCCUUCAAGUAUUGUUACAACUUAUUCUAUAAAAUGGUACUGAUGUGUGCAGAUGAUUUCAUACAAAAUGGGCACCAUUAUUUUACAAUAAUUAAUUCCAUUAGGUCAUAAAAAAAAAUAAAAAUAAAAAAAAUAGAAUUUAACCUUUACUUACUCACAGGUUUCUGCAUUCCAGAUACACUAGUCUAACACUCCCAGGUUGCCCAGCCAACCAGAUACUGUCUAAAGUCUAAGCACCAUAGGAGUCACAGUCCAUAGCAACAAUCCUUGGAAUCUUGACUGCCAACAUUUAUUUUCUAUAUAGUUGUACCUGUAAUCAUACACAUGGCUCCAUGAGAUGAUUAGUUUGCAGUUACUUUACUGGAGCGUAUCAACUUGCUUAAGCAUUGAUUGGUCUGUGUGCAUCUAAUGUGCUCUUAAACUAUUAUCCAUGUAACCAUUACUUGUAACCGUUACCUUAGUAUCUUCCUUUUCGCAGUUUGCAACUGCACUGAUUCAAUGGAUGCGUAUCCAUAGCGGCAAUAUAAUUAAUCUGUAGUGGUAAGAUAGAGCCAAGAAGUAGCUGACAUGGUUUACAGAAUUUAUCAUCUUUACAGAUUGAAACCACCAGUUUUUAAGUGGGGAUAUAAUUAUUUGCAGUAGUUUAGAAACACUAAGAUUCUCUUUUUCAGGGGGGGAAGUGGGGGGGCUGAAGUGCCAAAAUAAUAUGGUAAAAAAUUAUGUUGCUUUAAUUCUAUAAUAGGUUUCAGGUCUGCAAGUAUAUUGCCAGCUGCGCAGGUAAUAAGGAGUCCAUUAAUAUCCUGCUGCUUUAACCACGUGUACACAGUGUAAUAAGAGCUAAUAGUGAGUCAGGAGUAUCUGACAUAGUUGGCGUCUAUCAGUAUCUUGACGCUUUAACCAUGUGCACACUGUGUGCUGAGAGCUAAUGGAGUAGCUGACAUGUUUCGUAACAGCAGCAAACUUGCAAAAUUGCAGAAGCACUACUGAAGAUUAGAUAAUGUAAUGGAGAGCUGAGAAGGAGAGCUAAAGCAUUUUACAGAGACAUGUACUGUGUGGAGAUCUCUGUAUUGCAGCUCUGUGUAAUCCAAUGCAGUGAUCCUGGCUGUGUAGGAUCACUCUGUAAUAUGUUAUCUCCUUAUUGGGCCCAGCUUAUGGUGCCCAGCUCGUGUUAUUUCUCCGUACUUUACUCAACUCCACCUGUUGUAUGGUUAUUUCUGUAGUCUAUCCAGUUCUGUUUAUUUUAUAGAUAUCUUUGUAUUGUGCCCAGGUGUAUUUGGUAUGCCUAUCUCCGUAUUGUACUAAGUUUAUCAUAUUGUAUAGAUAUCCUCAUGUUGUGCCCAGCUUGUUUUAUUAUAUGAGCAUCUUCUCUAUAUAAAACACUCAGCUCUACCACUACUCUCUUACCACCACUACUACCACCAACAACUACUUGUACAUAUAUAAAUAAAAGUAAACACAUAAGGAUUUCAGUACGGGAUGACAAACCAAUAAAUAAAUAAAAAAUGAUUUGUUUUCCCAGUAACACCUUUUCUUCAUAAUAAAGUUGAGUACAUACAGAAUAUGAACCUUGUUUCAUUGACCUGUGUGAGAUGACAGCAGGCAGCCUAUUGCUUCACAACAACUUCAAUACGCUUGUCUCUGGGUAACUGACUCAUUGUAAAGAUAAGUAGAUUUAUUGCCUAAUGUCUGCCUAUUGGUCCAUUAACUGAGCCAAUUUACAGUAAUGUAAAGCCAAGCUCCUCUAUCCCCAGUUUACCUUGCAAAGUUUAAAAAGAUUUUUGGUAAAAACAAAGAAAAGCAAAUCAUGGAAUGAAUUAUAUACAGCUCCGCUAGACAGCGUACUAUAAACCGUUUCUCCUCAUCUCAAAAUGUAUCCAGGAAAGUAAAUGGCUCUUUUUACGACACCCUAAUAAAUAGUUGUUAUGAGUUUUCAAUUUCAUUGGCGCUGUUAACGCAGCAGUCACAUUUUCCAAUUAGCAAAAGGUUCAAUGGCACAGGUUCAAUGGCUUCUAUCAUCUUAUCACAGGUAAUUAGAAAACAUUUUAUUUAAUGGGUGGAAUUUAAUUCAGGUACGUUUUACUUUGGAUUUAAAAGACACCUCUCAUGAAAUGAGGAUUGCAGCAGAGGUAGUGACGGCUGUAAAUACAAGAUGUAGAACAGGGGUGGUCAAAAGGUAGAUCCCCAAAUGUUGUAAACCUACAACUCCCAUGAUGCUUUGCUUGCCUUUAUAUCUGGGGAUCUCCCUUUUGGGCACCCCUGGUGUAGAAUGCCUAGUAAAUCUGUUGUGCUUUUGGAAACUGACAAGAAUUAACAAUGGAGUUUUAGCUCAAAAGUUGGAAAUAUAGUUGGUUUCGAGAAGUUUGCAAAUCUGGCUAUUUUGUCUAUAAUAUUUGUCUGAUUCACAGAGUUAUUUAUGAAGUAGGAAUUAUCAUAAAUUUAAAGUUGAUGCAAAGUAAAUUUCAAAGGCCAAAAUAGCUAAACUCAGCUUUGCUUCCAGUAUGGCUACUCUGACUUUAAAUUCGAAAUUCACUUUGAGCAUAUUUUGAAAACCUCUUUAGAACAUAACUCUGCAAGUUUUAUAUAGAUCUAAUGAAGCAUAAAGAUGCAAAGGUAACAAGAAAACAUGAAUUUAAGGAACAAUAUGAUGUAAUUAUACAGUACGGACAUGCAUUGAAUGAGUGGUAGAUACUGACAAAGUCAACAGCUUAAAGGACCACUCCAGUCAGGCACCAUAAUAACUUAAUCGGAAUGAAGUUGUAAUGGUGCUCGGAGGUCCCAGGUUUUCUAAAGGGUCUAGCCCUGAAUGUCUGCUCCAUGUCCUAGGAUUCAUUCAGGAAAUCUUGGAUUGGGCCCUGCUGAUAGACUGAGAGCUUUAUCUCUUGCUCUCUGACUAUGAGUAGCUACCCAUUGAUGAGAGAAUUGAAACGAUAACAAUGUCAGGAUUUGCGAUUUUCUGAUUGAAGCCUCGGACAUGGAGCAGAAUUUUAGUGGCAGUGUGAUUGGGUGGCAGUUUGAAGAUUUUGUGGUUAAACAGUUUGUUUAUCCCCUUUAAUUUAUUCCAGUAAAGUUGUUUAGAUGUCUCUUUAAUUGAGAACUUCUUAAAAAAAAAUUGUUUAUGGUGAUGAAUAGCAUUGUAUAACAGAAUAAGUAUAGGUACAAACAGGCAGAGUGUUGACUCCAUAUAUAAAAAAACACACAUCUCAAUAUAAAGUCUAACACCAUAUAAUUUGUGGAAGAAAAUGGCCCCUCAAAUGUUUCAUAUACAUUAUAGAAUAGUGGAACGCGCCUGAGUCUUGGGAACUAUAGAGAAAAAAAAGAUGAGAAAGUAGGAAAGGAAAUAGGAAGCAAUAAAAAAAUAGGAAGGAAUAAAAAAAGAAAGAAAAUGCAUCAUACAGCAUUGCUUUUAUUCAGCACACACCCAAACAAAGGAUUACCAAAGUAUGAAAAUUAGUUAGCUAACUUUUCUUGUAUUUCUGCUACUGUAGCAGUUAUGUUUGGAGUGCUGGCCUCUUUCUGCAGUAACAGUAUGAAUUAGUGGUUUCCCACGAUUGACUAUGUUUGUGUUGGAUGACUGGCCUUGUUAAUUUGGAGGCUCGCUUGGGUUUGUGUGAUAUGAUUACUUACAGAAUUAUACAAUUUUUUUGUUGACGAGCCGGGUCAGUAAAACAGUGAUUUGUGUUAAUGCCCUUUUAUCUUUGAUUUGCACUUCUGAAUCUUCCAAUAGACUCAUGAUCUAAGUUAUAGCUAUGAAAGAUGAGAGUGUGCAGGACCACUAUGUUUACUUCUAUUUAUGAAAAUAUGUAUAUUUAAUAUUUUAUAUGUCUAUGAGUGUUUAGCAGCUGGCUUCACACAUUUCACUAUAUCAUCAACAAAUAAUUUAAAUGUGUAGCUUUGAAAAUCAUUUUUUAAUUUCCUGUGUUGCAACAUGCACAGAAGUUAAACAAUGAGUAAACAUUUCCCUUCUUACAACUAAAAAGGAUUAAACAGCAUUUAAGAGAAGUAUAUACACUGUAUGUACAAAAGUAUUGGGAUACGACGGAGCCUGAACCUGAAACGGAGCGGUCGCCAAACAUCGCAAACAUCUUGACAAGGGACCGACCGAGUGCCAAACUUACCUUGAAACCGGCAUCGGGGCGGCGGUGCGCACACAUUGAUGCCUUUCUUUCAACCUCAGAGAACUGGCAAGGUGAAACAGAGGCUUAAGGCCUAUCGCUCGCCGACCAUCUCCAGGCUCGAGUACUUCCUGGACGGAGUGUAUAGCCGAGGUGAGCCUGAACCAACAAGCGCCCCACUGACAACCCACAACACUACCCCAACAAAUAUGGGGAGACGUACACAAAAAACACAGUCUGGCCAUCCAGUGGAGCAAGCCGACAUCGGGGCCUUAUUGCAGAGACAGGCACGAUCCAAGAUGGCCGCGGAGGCUCAACAAACCCCGACAACGUCCCGCACUGUAUCCCACACACCUGUACAAACGAAGGCUGACAGUGAGUACACCCUGACUCCACCGCAGGCACCGCCUGACAACACACUGGCCACUAAACAGGACCUCCACAAUUGGGUACAAGACAUCAAAACACUGACCCACCUCACAAGCCAACUGCGUGCCACAGGGGUGCCAUACCGCUGGGGCGCACCUAGAUCCCUGCUAAUCACCCAUAAGGGGACCACGUAUAGGGUCUGAGCGCCCAAUGAAGUGCCUGCAGUACUCACCAAGCUGGGCCUACCGGAAAGAAACAACAAUGCAGAGACCCCUGCACAGAGAUGGGACCUGGACAACACAGUACCAUUCACCCUGCGAAACAUGAAACCAGCAGACCAGGCCACCUGACUAACAAAGACCAGAGAGAACGCUCAGAAACCACACAUGUAUCCUGAAGAAGAGCAGCGCAAAUGACU